CCGUCCCUGCCUCGGUCCAGGGAGUGAGACGAGGCGCCGAGAUGGUGGCGUGGAGGCGGGGGCUGCCGCGGCUGGCGGCCUCGCUGCGGCCGCUCAGCUCAACAACCGCUGGAACAUUUCCCAAGCAUGUGAAAAUAGUUGAGGUUGGUCCACGGGAUGGCUUGCAGAAUGAAAAGAAUAUUGUUCCCACUCAGGUGAAAAUUGACUUAAUUGACAUGCUAUCAGAUACCGGCCUUUCGGUUAUAGAAGCUACCAGUUUUGUGUCUCCAAAAUGGGUUCCACAGAUGGCUGACCAUACAGAAGUCAUGCAAGGCAUCCGGAAGGUUUCUGGUGUCAGUUAUCCCGUUCUGACUCCUAACCUCAAGGGUUUUGAAGCAGCGGUGGCAGCAGGAGCCAAGGAGGUGUCCGUCUUUGGAGCAGCAUCAGAGCUCUUCACAAGAAAGAACAUCAACUGUUCCAUAGAGGAGAGCCUGCAAAGAUUUAGCGAUGUCCUGAGUGCCUCAAAAGAAGCCACUAUUCCAGUGCGAGGCUACAUCUCCUGCGUUCUUGGCUGCCCUUAUGAAGGAAAGAUUGCUCCUGCUAAAGUAGCCGAGGUAUCAAAGAAAAUGUAUGCGAUGGGAUGCUAUGAGAUUUCCCUCGGCGAUACCAUUGGGGUUGGCACCCCUGGCAACAUGAGGGAGAUGCUCUCUGCCGUCAUGAAAGAGGUGCCCGUUGGCGCGCUCGCUGUUCACUGUCACGACACUUACGGGCAGGCUCUUGCCAAUACGCUAGUGGCACUUCAGAUGGGUGUGAGCGUGGUUGAUUCUUCAGUCGCUGGCCUUGGAGGCUGUCCUUAUGCUCAGGGGGCAUCAGGAAAUGUGGCAACAGAAGACAUGGUGUACAUGCUGCAUGGACUUGGGAUCCACACAGGUGUGGAUCUAUCAAAGCUCCUUGAAGCAGGCACUUUUAUCUGCAAGAUGCUGAACCGGAAGACCAGUUCAAAAGUCGCACAGGCCACCUGCAAACUGUGAAAUAGAUCAGUGCCUUGGCCGGACCUGCUGGGAACAAGGCUGCACGGCAGUCUGGAAACUGUCAUGUUGGCAUUCGCUCCCCUAAUUUUAUUUAAGCACUUUCCAAUGCCUCUGAACCAAAAGGCAAGAAGAUGGGACUGCUGCAUUUUACAGUAAAGGGGAGACAUUAAAGGAAUGUGGAACACUAAAUCUAUAUCAAACAAGUUGGAUGUAUUUGAAGAUGGCCGUUGCAGUUUUUCUUUAAGGAGCAAAUGUAUGGUUUUGAUCUUGCCAUUAUUUUUGACAUGGGCCUCUUGUUCCUUUCACCUGUAAGCUGUUUUGUGGUUGGGGCUACCAGGCUCUGCACGGUACCCCCCCCAAUGUCUCUCUCACUCAGCACCUGAGGGUAUCUAUUGCUCUAAAUACCUAAGGCUGCAGAAAGGGAAAGAAAAACACCAGUUUAAUAUUUUUGUGUGUAGAACUCAAGAAGGCUACCCCUAAAAGCUUCAGGACAUACUUCUGCUGCUUUCAUAGAGGGGAAAUCUUAUGAAGUGCUCCUCCAGUGCUGGGCUUUCUAAAGAGUCCAGCUGUCAGGGCAGGCUUCCCUUUUCAUAAGCUCUUGGGCCAUUGUGAUUGUUUUUAGGUGCUGUGAGACCUAAAGGUCUACAGGAUUUGCCUUUUCAGGCAUCAAGGCAAGAAAGCAUAAGCUGGGAUUUCUCACCAAACAAAGAAUAUCCUCCCUCGGGAUGUAGGACAUUAUUGGUGCCACUUGAUUUUCCUCCUGUGUUCUGCCCAAGGGAAUCAAGGACUGGUCAGAGACAUAUAUACCAGCACAUAGGUCAAUCUACCACAAAGGAAUAAGCAAACAUAGUAAGCCAAGUCCAGACCAAGAAUAGUAGUCCUUGGCCAGGUUAGAAGAAGCAUGGACUGUAAGAGUCCUGACACUCAAACAAAGCUAAGAGUUUCUGAGUGACAAGACUGGUGAUUGCAAAUGUUUCCAGCAAUGCAUCUUGUGAGUGGUGUAUCCUCUACGACCAGAUUACCAAGUGUAUCCUGGAUUCACUUGGCACUGAUUAACAUUACUGUAAUCUGCCCAGAGUCGCUCCUUGAGUGAGACGGGCGGUGA